ACGCACUUCCGGUUCUCCUCGGAUCCCCCCGCCCCUCCGCCUACGUCCAUUACCUCAACAUUGCGUAGUGAAGUGGAUGUUUUGGUGUAAAAAAAAACAACAACAACAACUUGCAUCUCGGAGGGACGUCUAAAAUAUGGCUUUCCGAACCAAUUGGACUCAUGGCGACCUAGCAGAGGACCGAGGGUCGCGUUAAGCGGAGGAUUGGACUCGUCUUCACGUAUUCCUCCGCAUGUACUAUUUCUUCGUAGAUGGUCUCCGGAGAGCGUUGUUUGUUGACGGCCGACAAGUUGUCGACGAGUAACAUGAAGGAGAUGAUUGGAGGCUGUUGUGUUUGCUCGGACGAGAGAGGCUGGGCAGAGAAUCCCCUGGUUUACUGCGACGGACACGGCUGUAACGUCGCCGUUCACCAAGCCUGCUAUGGUAUUGUGCAGGUGCCCACUGGCCCGUGGUUCUGCAGAAAGUGUGAAUCCCAGGAACGAGCGGCCCGUGUGAGAUGUGAGCUGUGUCCCCACAAAGAUGGCGCCCUGAAGAGAACGGAUAAUGGAGGCUGGGCUCAUGUGGUGUGUGCCCUUUACAUACCCGAGGUAGAGUUUGCAAAUGUCUCAACGAUGGAGCCCAUAGUGCUCCAGUCUGUACCCAACGAUCGCUAUAACAAGACCUGCUACAUUUGUGAGGACCAGGGCAGAGAGAGUAAAGCGGCAUGUGGUGCUUGUAUGACCUGUAACAAACACGGCUGCAGGCAGGCCUUCCAUGUCACAUGUGCCCAGUUUGCAGGGUUGCUGUGUGAGGAGCAAGGUUCGGACGCAGACAACGUCAAGUACUGUGGUUACUGCAAAUAUCACCACAGCAAAUUGCGAAGGAGCAGGGGCAGCGGUAGUAGAUCUCAAAGCUUAAGUGACUCUUCUUCCUCUCAAUGUAUGGAUAGACCCCCAGACCAGGACCAGCAGAAACACAAAGAGCGGGACAGACACAAACCCAAACACAGGAAGACCUCCAUGGACAUGUCCCCCUCCCUUGUUCUUCCAAACAUCAUGAUCCCAGAGAAGCCCUACAGCAGUAGCGGUUCAGUGGGAGGGGGCGUCCCGCUACCAGCAGCCUUGCAGAAGCGACUAGAUGAAGGUAGCGCUCGUUUCACCAACGCCAACUUUCAGGAAGUUUCAUCCACUCAUUCCGUCGGGAGCUCCAAGGACUGUCUGGCUACAGACCCCGGGAAGGUGCCGUCAGACAUGAAGAGCAAGAAGAACGCCAGCGGAAGUCACACAGUGGGACAGAGGUGCGGGCGGAAGUCGCUCACCUCCUCAGGGAAAGCCCUCCCCUCCACCGUAGUAACCAUGGCAACCUCCUCCACAUCUGCCUCUGUGUCCAGUGGGCCUUUCCACCAAGGGCUGCUGUUGACAAGUGCCAGCAAGGCGCCCUCUGCCCCCUCCUCCUCCGACUUUUUGAGCUUCUCCGACGCUUCCCUGCGCCCGGGAGGCGGGACUACCUUCUCCUCGCCGCCAUCUUUCAGCAGCUGCCUUGUGAAGCCCAGCUCGGAAGGCGGCGCUUCAGAGGGAACGACAAACCUGUUUGGUUCGCUCGCAACUACCGCCGUGGCAGUGGGCGGAAAGCUGUAUGAGAAUUCCCACAGUCUGUCAGCCAGCGAGACGACAAGCCUCAGUGGGUCCGCUGCCUACAAGCGGCCCCAGUCCUCCAGCACCGGACCGGGGAUCACCGGGGCGGCCGUAGGCGGGUUGGGAGGGGAGGAUGGCGUAAAGAAGAAAAAGAAAGGCAACUGGCGCAACAGAUUUGGACCUUGCUUCACCACAGACGUCAAGCCGUCAGAGUCUGCACCCUCCCUUACUCUCCCCAUCUCCUCCACUGGCAACACUUCGUCCUCCGCUGCCUCUCCUUCCUCGUCCUCAGCGCUCUCUAGUCGGCCCGGCUUAGUUUCAAGUGGUGGCUUAGGAGUGGGAGGAGGUGCGGAGAGGGCUCUUGGUGUGAUAGGUGUCGGCGGCGGGAUUCAGAAGUCACCCUCACUACUCAGGAAUGGGUCAGGUGUUUUCUCUGGUGUUGAUGCUUCCUUGGGGCCAGGAACUAUCACCAUGGGCGGAGUUCCCGCUGAGCACCCGCAACCCACGCCGUCCUUAACCCCUCCCUCUCCGUUCACUGCCACCGCACCGCUGACCAGCAUGGCGGUCACACACGUGAGCGGCCUUCCUGGGUCCGUCUUCAACAUGGCACCCUCCCACAUGUUCGGCAACCGGCUGAACCCCAACUCGGCCAUGGCGGCGCUCAUCGCCCAGUCGGAGGCCUCGCCUGCAGAUCAAGAGGCUGGAGACGGCAGCGUUGGUGUGCAGGGCUUCUCCAUAAGGGCUUCUCCCAAGACCACCCCGCACUCGCCUAUUGGUGGCCUGCAGAUACGCUAUGACCCAUCAGGGUCGUUGCCGGGACCAGGGCUCGGGUUGCUAGGGGCGGGCGGAGGAGAAGGCGUCGGGGAGGCGCUGCCCCCGGUGGCCACCACCAUUGAGCAGCUCCUGGAGAGGCAGUGGAAUGAAGGGCAGAGCUUCCUUCUGCAGCAGGGAGCGCAAGGGGACGUGGUGGCCAUGCUGAAGUCCCUCCAUCAGCUGCAGCAGGAGAAUCGGAAGCUGGAGGAGCAAAUUAAAACGCUCACCAUGAAGAAGGAGAGACUGCAGCUUCUCAGUGCUCAGCUAUCAGUGCCUUUCACGCCUGCAUCAGCGUCCUCUGAUGUAAAGGGAGCAGUCACUGACUCAUCAUUACCUGUGGCAGCUCAGGAUAGUGCGUCAUCCGGUGGCCACAGCAGUAGCGGCUCCACCUCCUCCCUGUCCACCCCUCCUUCACUUUCCCAGAGCCCGCCACAGCCGCAGCUGAACGGCAUCAGUGCCCCUGGGGCGACCCCGGUGUCGGGCCUGAUGGGCACGUUCGGGGCUGGGAGCGCACUCGGCAUGGGGGGCGUCACUCUGAACGGUGUGAUUCAGACGUCGGCAGGGAGCCCGCAUGCCAUCACGACCAUCACACUGCCCGGCAACAACAGCUCUGGAACGAGUAAGACCAGCGCUGCACGGCUCGCCCUGUCCGACACGCAGAGGCUUCUCAUCCAGCAGCAUCAACUCCAGCAGCUGCUCUCAUCCCAGCCCUCAGCGGAGCACUUUCAUUGACUUUACCCCUAUGUCCCUUCCCUGCCUCUUGUCUACAACGUCGUUAUUUCCCCCUCCGCUCCACCCCAUCAUGUUUGCUCCACCCAGCAGCUCUAGCAGCAUCAGGAUCAGCCACAUUUCCUCAGCUGCUCGUCUACCGCCAUGGCAUCUACUGCACUUACACGUUCCCCUUCAGGGCUGACUGAGAGGAACGUUUUGCAGAAGACAUGAAGUCCCAAGUAAAAUUCAUUAUUACAACGAAAAGUAGCAAAACUUAAUUUUGUAUUUUGAAGUUUUUUUUUGUUAUUUAUUUUCAUUUGUGUGCUGCUUUAAAAUCUGCUGUGAUGCCACUUUUAUUAUUUUCAUACUGAUUUAUUUUUGUUCCGCCCCCCCCCCCGUCCUCUUCACACUCUCCAACCCCGACCUUGUCUUUCUGCUGUGUCGCACUCUCAGGGGGCCUCUGUGCACAUGUUAGCACACGCGCUAGGCUGCAAACAAAAGACUACGGAAAAAAAGACAAUUUCCCUUCCACAAAAGCAGUUGCUGUGUCUGUCUUAGCAUCUGACUCUCUGGGCCAGCCCCUUUUGCUGUACCUACCUCUUUUUGACACACAGGACCUAAAUGGCUGACAGCAGCAGCCAAUUAAAGACCAAGAAACAAACAAAAAACAACGGCCAAUCAGGGUCCACGCCCAAGUGCCUGAGGCCAAACUUUAAUUUUCUUGUACUUUUAUCCCAUCACUCAUACCUUUCUGCUGCUAGUUGCUGAGGCAGCUGCUAAUAAAACACUCUGUUCUGUCAAUGAUAACCAGGAAAUCUUAUUGUGCUGUAUUCUCAAAUAUCAAAGGCAAUUUUCCUAUUGUGCUUUUUAUUUAUUUAUGUCACGGCUGCAAGAUGAUGCAUCUUCCGAGCCUUCCGAUGUUAACAUCCCAUUGUACUACUGUGUAAAGUUUGCUUUCAUUUGAUAUUUUUUUUUCUCCUUCCAAUAAGCUCUUGACUUCAAUUCAGUGUGUUAAAAGCGGAUCAUUGAUGAUGGGAGUGGUGUCAUUGUACCUGUUUUUUACCUCGUUAAAUGUAAAUAGAUCUUUUUCAUUGGCCGUCAAUGUACAUAAGUGAUCGUGUUUGUGCAAAGGAACGCCAAUGUAUGUGUGAAUUUUUCUUAGGACCAGACAUUAAGGUCGGAGGUGACUGGACACAAAAAGUAUUAAUUUAUUUUUAUAUGUGCAGGGACAUUUUUUUUUCUUGACAUUUUAUACUCCUGGGCACCAUGUUUUCAUCUCUGCACUUUUUCUUUUUUUGUUUGCUUUGGAUCAGUUUUGUACAAAUAAAAAAAAAUAAUGGGUGGGUGGGAUGACAUUGUAUUUCAGAUCACAAAUUAAAGAAACACUCUGUAUUAAUUAA